AUGAAUAGAGUCUUAGAUCUGGUUGUGGACUUUGAGAGAUGCCUCUGGCGAUCUCUCUUCCCGCAGCUCCAGCAGUCAGUGGCUAUGAUUCCUUGGGUGGCUGAUGCAGAGCCAGGACCAAUGCCAGCUGAUCCACAUGGAGGUUUGAAGGACUCUGAUGGUAUACUCUGGGCUGUGCCUGUUCGCCGGAGGUCAGUCGAGCGGCGAAUGAUGCGCAGAUAUGGUGCUGAGAAUUGGCCCACCGGCAGGAAGCUUUUGAGGCCCAAGGCCAACCUACUUGUCUGCAAUGCUUGUGGACAUUAUCACGAGGCUGGAAGGCUAUGUCCUAACUGUUAUGAGAGAGUUAAGGAGGAGACAAAAGAGAUCCAAAAGCGGAUGGUAGAGGAAUGGGGCCUGGACCCUGUUGACAAGGAUGUCAUUGUUCUGUAUGACAGUGAAAAACCAGACAAGUCAUCCACCCCUGAGAAACAGAGGGUGAUUGAGAUGAAGAAGAAGAGACCCACUUGGUUUUCCCAGAAUCUCUUGCAAAAAGCCAAUGCUGAACCACUGAUAGAUGCAGAGAUCAAUCCUCAUGUGGAUAAGUGGGAGAGAGAGAAGAAUUUUCCGGCUCACCAUGUCUUCAAACUGAUGGGGAAUGCAGGCCUCCUUGGCAUCUGUAAACCCAAAGGAAAAAAAAUGCUAGGAAGAGGGAGCAGGCGAUUAGUGCCCUCAGCUUGGAAUGUGGCCAAAAGGGAGUUGAAGACUGGUCAGUGGCAGCAGCAACAAGCUGCUGUAUCCUUGCAAGAUGGAUUCUACUCUGAUGAGCACAAGGCUCUUCAAGAAUCUGUCAUCAAGCUGAUAGAUGCAGAGAUCAAUCCUCAUGUGGAUAAGUGGGAGAGAGAGAAGAAUUUUCCGGCUCACCAUGUCUUCAAACUGAUGGGGAAUGCAGGCCUCCUUGGCAUCUGUAAACCCAAAGUAGCAGUGGUCAUUGAGAAUCUGACUCCCACAGAAUAUGGUGGCCUGGGUCUGGACUAUUCUUACAACAUAGCUUUCAAUGAGGCACUGGGACAUAUCAAUUGUGGGGGUAUUCCUAUGGCAGUCGCUGUCCAGACAGACGAUGCCACACCUGCCCUUGCUCGCUUUGGGAGUGACAAGUUGAAGAGGGAAUUCCUGGCUCCUGCUAUCUCGGGUGAUGUCGUGACAUGCCUGGGUGUGAGUGAACCUCACGCUGGCUCUGAUGUUGCUGCCAUCAAGACAAAAGCUGAAAGGAGUGGAGAUGACCUUAUAAUCAAUGGGACAAAGCUGUGGAUAACAAAUGGAGCUCAUGCUGAUUGGAUAUGCCUCCUUGCCAAUACCAGCCAGGGUCCCCCACACAGAAGCAAGUCUCUCAUCUGUGUCCCCAUGAAAACCAAAGGAGUGCAGGUGGUAAAAAGGCUCGAGAAGCUCGGGAUGCACUGCUCAGACACGACCCAGAUCCACUUUGAUGAUGUUCGAGUCCCUGCAGAUCACAUCAUUGGGGAUGAGGGAAUGGGCUUCAUCUAUCAGAUGCUCCAGGAGGAGAGGCUGGCUGGUGUGGCGCUGACACUCCGGCCAAUGGAGAAGUGCAUCCAUGAGACUAUCGAAUACACACGACAGCGCCGUGCCUUUGGGCGCUCCAUCUUGGACAACCAGGUCGUCCAUUUUCGCCUGGCCGAGCUCUUGACGGAGGUUGAGGCUCUCAGGGCCCUCCUUUACAGGACUGUUGACUUGUACAAGGACGGGAAUGACACGACACAGCUGGCUUCCAUGUGCAAGUUGAAGGCAGGUCGCCUGUGCCGGGAGGUUACCGACUCGUGCCUUCAGUAUUGGGGUGGGAUGGGGUUCACGGACGAGGUCCACGUGAGCCGCUUCUACCGGGACUGCCGGGUGAUGUCCAUUGGGGCUGGCGCCGAUGAGGUCAUGCUUUCCAUCAUCUCCAAGUACAUGGGAACUCUCCCUGCUCCACCCAAGACAAAGAGUUUCGCUUCAAAAUCAAACUUGGGAGUUGAAAAUGCAUCAAGUGGAGAAACCUUCACUCACAAGCAGCAGAGAAUCCAAGCAGGUCACUUGGAGACACGCCUUCUGAGUGAUCGAAUCGCAUCAAACUUUGCCAGUUCUGCACUGAUGUAUUGGAGCAACCUGAACCAGCCACUUUUUGUCAGAAAAAUGCUGACGAGAAGGAGCAGACGACUGGUGUCAUCGGCUCUCAGCGCAGCCAAGCGGGAGCUGCAGACCGGCCGCUGGCAGCGGGCCGCCGUGUCCCUGCGGGACGGAUUCUACUCCGAGGACCAUAAAGCCUUGCAGGAAUCUGUUGUCAAGCUGAUAGACGCCGAGGUGAACCCCCACGUGGACGAGUGGGAGCGCGGGAAGGACUUCCCCGCCCGGCGGCUCUUCAAGCUCCUGGGCGAUGCGGGGCUGCUCGGCAUCUGCAGGCCGGAAGAAUACGGUGGCUUGGGGCUGGACUAUUCGUACGGCGUAGCGUUCUACGAGAGUCUGGGGCACGUGAACUGCGGGGGGAUCCCCUCGGCCGUCUCCGUCCAGGCCGACCUCGCCACGGGCGUCCUUGCGCGGUUUGGAUCCGAGAAGCUGAAGAGGGCGUUCCUCGCCCCUUCCAUCUCGGGGGAUCUCAUCGGGUGCCUGGGCGUGAGCGAGCCCCAUGCUGGCUCCGAUAUCGCUGCCAUCAGGACGAGAGCGGAGAGGAGAGGAGACGACCUUACGAUCAACGGGACGAAGCUGUGGAUCACGAACGGGGCCCAUGCCGACUGGAUCUGCCUCCUGGCCAACACGGGCCAGGGUUCCCCGCACGGGAACGAGUCCUUCGUCUGUGUCCCCAUGAAAACCAAAGGGGUGGAGGUGACGAAACGGAUCGACACGCUCGGGAUGCACGCCUCGGACACGACCCAGAUCCACUUCGACGACGUUCGAGUUCCCGCUGAUCACAUCGUUGGGGAAGAGGGAAUGGGCUUCAUCUACCAGAUGAUGCUGUCUCAGGAGGAGAGGCUGGCGAGCGUGGCCCUGACGCUCCGGCCAAUGGAGAAAUGCGUCCAACAGACCGUCGAAUACACGCGACAGCGCCGAGCCUUCGGUCGCUCCAUCUUGGACAACCAGGUCGUCCACUAUCGCCUGGCCGAGCUCUCGACCGAGAUCGAGGCGCUCGGGGCCCUCCUCUACGAAACUGUUGACUUAUACAAGGAGGGGAAGGACACAAACCAGCUGGCCUCGAUGUGCAAGCUGAAGGCGGGUCGCCUGGCACGGGAGGUGACCGACUCGUGCCUCCAGUACUGGGGCGGGAUGGGGUUCACGGACGAGGUCCACGUGAGCCGCUUCUACCGGGACAUGCGGCUCAUGUCCAUCGGCGGUGGAGCCGACGAGAUCAUGCUCACCAUCAUAUGCAACCCAAUCAAGAAGAUGCUGGCGCGACGAAGCGGACGAUUCGCGUCCUCGGUCCUGAAAAUCACCGAGCGGCAGUUGCAGACCGGCCGACGGCAGCGGGCCGCCGUGUCCCUGCAGGACGGCUUCUACUCUAACGACCACAGGGCUCUGCAGGAAUCCGUCAUCAAGCUGAUAGACGCAGAGAUCAACCCGCACGUGGACAAGUGGGAGCGAGAAAAGGAUUUCCCGGCCCACCAGCUCUUCAAACGCCUGGGCGACGCAGGUCUCCUUGGCGUCUGUAAACCCAGAGAAUAUGGUGGAAUGGGGCUGGACUAUACCUACAGCGUGGCGAUGAACGAGGCCCUGGGACACAUCGACUGCGGGGGGAUCCCCAUGGCCAUCGCGGUCCAGACCGACGUCUCCACCCCCGCCCUGGCACGGUUUGGGAGCGACAAACUGAAGAGGGAAUUCCUGGCCCCUUCCAUCUCGGGCGAUUACGUCGCGUGCCUGGGCGUGAGCGAGCCGCAGGCCGGUUCGGAUGUCGCGGGGAUCCAGACGAGAGCCGAGAGGAGGGGAGACGACCUGGUGAUAAAUGGGACAAAGUUGUGGAUCACGAACGGGGCCCAUGCCGACUGGAUCUGCCUCCUGGCCGGCACCAGCCAGGGUCCCCCACAUAAGAACAAGUCCCUCAUCUGUGUCCCCAUGAAAAACAAAGGAGUGAAGGUGUCGAGGCUGAAUAAGAUCGGCAUGCACUGCUCCGACACGACCCAGAUCCACUUCGACGACGUUCGAGUCCCGGCAGAUCACAUCAUCGGGGAAGAAGGAAUGGGCUUCGUCUAUCAGAUGCUCCAGUUCCAGGAGGAGAGGCUGGCCGGCGUGGCCCUGACGCUCCGACCCAUGGAAAAAUGCAUCCGGGAGACGAUCGAGUACACGCGUCAGCGCCGCGCCUUCGGGCGCUCCAUCCUGGACAACCAGGUCGUCCACUUUCGCCUGGCCGAGCUCUCGACCGAGAUCGAGGCCCUUAGGGCCCUCCUCUACGAGACCAUUGAAGAAGAAAGAGUGAUAUCUCCUGCAGAUUCAUACAAGGAGGGGAAGGACACAACCCAGCUGGCCUCGAUGUGCAAGCUGAAGGCGGGUCGCCUGUGCCGGGAGGUGACCGACUCGUGCCUCCAGUACUGGGGCGGGAUGGGGUUCACGGACGAGGUCCACGUGAGCCGCUUCUACCGGGACAUGCGGCUCAUGUCCAUCGGCGGUGGCGCCGACGAGAUCAUGCUCGCCAUCAUAUGCAACCCAAUCGAGAAGAUGCUGGCGCGACGAAGCGGACGAUUCGCGUCCUCGGUCCUGAAAAUCGCCGAGCGGCAGUUGCAGACCGGCCGACGGCAACGGGCCGCCGCGUCCCUGCAGGACGGCUUCUACUCUGACGACCACAGGGCUCUGCAGGAAUCCGUCAUCAAG